AUGUUGGAUCUGUGCUCAAUGGAAGCCCAUGUACCCCUAUUAAAGAAUAGGCUGAGGAGCCUAUCUGGGUUUCCUUGUGUCCCGUCCGUGCGGGUGAGAUGUCAGGGAGGGCUGCAUCGUGUGGUAUUUCCUGUUUGGCCUCACCCACCCUAUCUUCUGCGUGGAGCGACUCUAACUCCCCUUUAUGUCCUUUGCAUUCCCCCCCCCCCGCCCCCCUGCUUCGGAGCAGCUGAGGUUGAAGAUUACUUUCUGCCGGAGCGACUGGAGGUGCCAAGCUUCACUGCACCCAUGGGCUUGGACCCCACCAUCGUGUGCUCGGAUGAGGGACUGGCCUCCAAGCUGACAGCUGGCCAGAAGGAUAGGAGUCCCCCCAUGCUCUCUGCUGCCAUCAAGAUCACGCUGGACACCGCGAGGAGCAUCAAGGAAUUCCUGGUUGCCCUCAGACUACAAGGUGCCACCCUGUGCCACCGAAUGGCCUUAACCAACCAGAGCUGGCAUGAGCAGCUGAUGGAUUUCUUCGAUGUGAUGGAUGACCCAAUUCUGGGCUACACCCCCCCCACGGUGAUCACGGUCCUGCACACCCACCUGGUCAGCUGUGCUGUCGAUUACAGACCCCUGUACCUGCCAGUCCGGGUCCUGAUCACUGCAGAAACCUUCACCCUGUCCAGCAACAUCAUUGUGGACACCGCGACCUUCCACCUCAGGUUUAUUUUGGACGAUUCCGCGGUCUAUCUGUGCAACAGGUGCAACACGGAGACAGUGGACUUGAAGAAAGGUAACGCUCUUUCAGUACACCACCCCCCAGCUCGUACCCAGUCUGUUGCGUGGCCUGUGGUUGCACAGCCGCUGUUCGAGCUGCGGUGCUCCAACAACGUGGUGCACGUCCACACCUGCGCGGACUCGUGUGCCACCCUGGUGAACCUGGUGCAGUACGUGGUGAACAGCGGUGACCUCCACCCCCCGCCCAAGCAGGACAGCCCGACUGAGAUCGCCGGGCAGAGGCUGCAGGACUCUCCUGUGUCCGUCUACCUCUUCCCUGGCGAGAAUAAUCAGGAGAGGCCUCCAUCCCAGGGCCCUUCCUGCCUUGCUACGCUGCCUGCCUCUCUGCUGUCUGCUAACUCCGAGCUCUUUUGCUCAGCAGGAAUGCCGCUGCUCCGGCAGGACUCUCCUGUGUCCGUCUACCUCUUCCCUGGCGAGAAUAAUCAGGAGAGGCCUCCAUCCCAGGGCCCGUCGUGCCCGGACAGGAUGGACGUGUACCCCUGCGAGGGGAGUGAGGCAGGGAGCGACUCCACCGACAAUGAUGACUUUUGCAUAUUGGAUGCCCCGGGCAUGGGAAUCCCGCCCAAAGACGGUGAGCCGGUGGUCUCCAAGCUGACGGGCGACUGCAUCACCAUCCGGGACGGCUACUUUGCCCGGCCCAUCGGGAGCACCGACCUGCUGAAGGCCCCGGCCAGGUUCCCCGUGCCCGACACCCGCCUCAUGCUGCGAGAGAUCUCCGUCGUCUGGCACCUGUACGGGGGGAAGGACUUCGGCCCCCUCCGCCCGUCCUCUGGGCACGGGCAUUCUCCGAGGAUGAGACCGGUGGCUGUCAGUGCCAGGGGUUCACCGUCCCGCUCAGCCUUCCCCAACCGACCACAGAACACGUGGAGGACACAGGGUGGCUCCGGCCGCAACCACGAGAUCCUGAUGGAGAUCCAGCUCACCAAGGUGAGUUUCCAGCAUGAGACCUACCCUGCGCCUGCCACUGUGCCUGAGAAAGGUGCGACUGAGCCAGAGUUGGAGGAGCAGCCCAUCUCGCGGCAGGUCUUCAUUGUGCAGGAGCUGGAGAUCCGGGAUCGCUUAGCCACCUCGCAGAUCAACAAGUUCCUUUACCUCUACACCAGCGAGAAGAUGCCUCGGAGAGCCCACUCCAACAUGCUGACAAUCAAGGCCCUGCACUUGCGCCCCGAGUCCGGACUCGGUGGUCCGGAAUGCUGCCUCCGAGUCUCCCUCAUGCCGUUACGCCUCAACAUUGACCAGGAUGCCUUAUUCUUCCUGAAGGAUUUCUUCACGAGCUUUGCGACCGGGAUCAAUCCCGUUAUUCCUGUUGAAACAGCGACGGAAGGUGAGAUUCUGGCCAGGGCGUGGAGCUGCUUUGCUCGGGAUAUUUGUGAGGGACCUGGAGGGCGUGGGGCAGAGGGUUCAGCCUGCCCCGUCAGCUGGCUGUGCGUAGGUGUGAGGGAGGGUUCUCACUGGGAGAAGAGGUCACCUCCAGGGUCCUGGCCAGCGUUUGCCCCACCAGCCCCGUAAAAUAAAACCAGCCCA